UGACAAUUGACAUAACCUCAAACAAACACAUGUCAGACGCAAAAUGCAAGUCUCCGACCCGAAUAACGUGAAAAUAUACAAUUUAAGUGCCGGAAAAUCGCUCCCAGAGUGGCUCUCGGAACGCAAACGCCGUGCGUUGCUCAAGAAAGAUGUGGAUAUUCGGCGAAGAAUCGAACUUAUCCAAGAUUUCGACAUGCCCGGCCUUAGCACGACUGUGAAAGUCUCUAAAGACGGGCAAUACAUCCUGGCUACCGGCAUUUACAAGCCCCGAAUUAAAUGUUUUGAUGUCAAUAACCUCUCGCUUAAAUUCGAGCGUUGCUUCGAUUCGGAGGCUGUAACGUUUGAAAUUUUAAGCGACGACUACAGCAAAUUGGUCUUCUUGCAAUGUGACAGAUAUGUUGAAUUCCACGCCGCCCAUGGCCGCUAUUACCGCCUCAGGAUUCCCAAAUUUGGCCGAGACAUGCGAUACCACUAUCCCAGUUGCGACCUAUUUGUAGUGGGGGCCAGUUCAGACAUUUACAGACUGAAUUUAGAAAGGGGCCAAUUCAUGACGCCUUACACAAGCACAGCUUCUGCCAUAAAUAGGUGUGCAAUCAACCCCGUUCACAAUUUACUAGCCUGUGGGACCCAAGAAGGUCGAGUGGAAGCGUGGGACCCCAGAAGCAAGAGUCUUAUAGGGACACUUGAUUGUGCUUUUAGUUGCGUCACUGAAAAUAAAGAAUUGGAAGGUUUUCCAUCUAUUAGUGCACUCUCAUUUGAUGGGGCCUUAACUUUGGGCGUGGGGACAGCCACGGGACAAAUAUUACUUUAUGAUAUUAGAUCAAAUAAACCUUUCUAUAUUAAAGACCACAUGUAUGGAUUACCUAUAAAAGAUGUGGAGUUUCACCAUCAGCAAGACUUGAUUUUUUCAAUGGAUAGUUCAGUUUUGAAAAUCUGGGAUAAAAAUAAUGGGAAAUUGUUUACGUCAAUAGAGGCAUCAACCGAGUUUAAUAAUUUAUGUGUGGUCCCGAAAACAGGCCUUUUCUUCAUUGCUAACGAAAACACAAAAAUUCAGACCUAUUAUAUUCCUAGUUUAGGUCCAGCCCCACGUUGGGCCAGUUUUCUUGACUCACUUACUGAAGAACUGGAAGAAUCAAACUCUGAAAACAUUUACGACGAUUAUAAAUUUGUUACGAAACAGGAAUUAGAAAAUCUCGGCUUGGAUCACUUAAUUGGAACGAAUUUAUUAAGGGCUUACAUGCACGGAUAUUUCAUGGAUGUGAGAUUGUAUAAAAAGGCAAAAUCGGUCGCAAAUCCUUUCGAAUUUGAAGAAUAUCGCAAAAAGAAAAUUAGGGAGACUAUAGAAAAAGAAAGGGUAAAUCGAGUCCAAGUAAAUAAAUUACCGAAAGUGAACAAAGAUCUCGCUCUUAAAUUAAUGAACGAUCAAGUGAAAGAUAAAAAGAAAAAAGAAAACGCUAAUCUUCUUGAAGAUACUAGAUUUAAGGCACUUUUUGAAAAUCCCGACUUUGAGGUGGACAAAAACGCUGACGAGUUUCGUCUAUUAAAUCCGGUUUUGUCGCGGUUAGACAAAUCAAAAAAGAAAGAAAUGUUGAAAAAGAUACAGAGUGAAGACUUUGAACCCAUCGAUGAAGAACUUGAAGGGAAAAACAGUUCAGAGGAAUCGUCUGAUGAUUAUGAGGAAGAAGAAAGUUCAGAAGAUGAAACUCUGACGAAAGAAAUAAAACUACAACACAAAAUUAUUAAUAGAGAGCACAGAUUGAAAGAACGACAAGAAGAGGAAGAGAUGAAGACACAACCCAAGAUGUUUGAAUUGAGACAAGGAGAGGAAUAUAAGGGGAUUCACAGUCUCAAGAAGAAAAUUAAUAGGACCCCACUCGAGGAACGAGUCCAGAGUGAAACCUCAUCAGUCCGCCUUUUGGGUUCUGUCGGAAGUCGCGAAAUGACAUUUUCAACCCACAAGAAACGCAAAUUUUCCGAUUUGAAAAAUAAAAAACACAUGCAGGAGCGUAAACGACUGAUCAGACCCGUCCGAGGGCUCAUACCAAACCGCAAAAACCCAUUUUCCCGCAAAAAAAUGUAAUGUUUCUUUGAAUAAAAAUAUUUUCUGUUA